CUUAUGUACUACAUUAAAUCAUUGAUGGGACGACAUUGACCAAUUUUUGGUCGGUCUCGGUCACCAUUGGUGCACUGCAAAACAUAGUAAGUGUCCGAUCUUAUAUGUUCUCGCGCCCGUAUGUAAUAAUGUUCAUUCGCUUCAGCUUGCACGCUCACAAGUCACCACUCCAGACCUCUCAACUCCGUACUCACAGAUAUCUCAGUACCAACUAUUUCACCAUUGAAUUCAAAGACAGGAGCAUCAGUGCCAUCAUCACCGAACGCCACUGGCAGAGGCAGUUGGACUCAGUUUCGCACGAGAUCUCCGGCUUAAACGCAGUCAUGGAUAGGAUCGAUCAUCUUCACCAACAGGUCGUCGAAAAGAAGGACAUGAUUACCCAGCCCAUAAAUUUUCACGGGGGGCUCGGAUCGACGCGCUGCUGUUUGCCUACUGAAGUCCUUUCCCACAUUUUUGUCCUCUGUCUCCCGGAAGACAACUACUUGUCGCCAGCAUCAAAUCUGGCCCCCAUGCUGUUGACAAGAAUAUGCCGACUAUGGAGAGAGGUUGCUUUGAGCCUGCCCGGUUUAUGGUGCAGGCUGCGGCUGGGAGCCGAGUCCGAAGACUGGGAGCGGAAAUCUUUCUGCUAUGAGUUAUGGCUCAAACGAAGCAUAGGACGUCCCCUCUUUCUGGCACUCCAGUGCUCCGAAAUUGACUCGACCCGGCGAGCACGAAGCCUUCUUCAGCCUUACGUCGAUCAAAUCUCAUCUCUCUCCUUUCAUUCCUCCUUUGAAGCGAGCCAACUCAUAUUUUUGUUAAACGACCUCCCGGCACUUCAGGAGCUAAGCAUUGUCACAAUGAAUUUGCGAGCUCUUGUAGAAUGCAUCUCGCGACUGCCAUCCACUCUAACCAGUUUCAAGCUCACAGGGUCAUGGGCCAGCCUCAGGCUCUUACCUUCUUCCAAUCACACGUGGGCCCACCUGACAAAUAUUGUGAUCAAGAUACUAUCCAACGCGGUUUUCCACUUGCUCGAGCUAUGUCCCAACCUCUGCUCGUUAACGAUAGGCAUACUAUUCGAUGGCGUUCUGGACGUGGAGCCAUUCACGCACACCAAACUUCAAUCCUUACGUCUUGCUCCUUACUGUCUUGGAGUCCAGGGCCCAUCCGAAUUAUCAGACCUUCUCAACGCUAUCUCACUCCCCAAUUUGCAUAUGCUUGAAGUUUGCGGUGCACAACCGUGGCCUCAUCAGGAGUUACAGGCAUUGUUGACACGGUCAAAUUGUCCUCUGGAGACCCUGAUUUUAGGUGUUGGAGUGACCAUGACAGAUGACCAGCGAGCGGAAUACCUUGCCCUUAUUCCUUCCCUUCACGUAGUAGUGGAUCUCAAUCGUCCUGAUUUCUUUGCAAUUUAGUCGUCAUUUAUCAAUGCUCGUAGGAUCAUAUCUCUCUUCGCUGCUCAUUUUCGGCACCAUAGACAUUCAAUCAAUGAACAACUUGUGAUUCAGAGGA